AUGCGUUUGCACACAGCAAGUGCUCUUUUCCUGUUCUGGGUGUUUUGUGCACCAGCCCUGGUGCAUUGCCAACAGCAACGCAUUGCGUGUGGCAGACGAAAGAUUAAGACCGAGUAUCUCAUUCAACAUGGCAAAGACGUACAGGCUGGCGAUUGGCCGUGGCAUGCAGCUAUUUUCUACCGGAUGAACGGAAGCCUCAGCUACAAAUGCGGCGGUUCCAUCAUUGAUGAAAAUACUAUCCUCACCGCCGCUCACUGCGUGCUCGCCAACCGUGGCAUCGUCGCACCGGCUGAGAUUUCGGUGCACGUUGGCCGAUCUCACUUGCAGGAAGAGAGCGAUCACAUACAGGAACACGCUGUUAAGGACAUUAUGGUGCAUUCGGAAUUCAGUCGAAACAGUAUUGCCCACGAUAUAGCGCUUGUGCGGUUGGCAAGUAACAUCACGAUGACAAAGUUUGUCCAGCCCGUUUGCGUGUGGACCAUGGAGGAUGGUGACAAGCAGUUGAUCAUCGGAAAAAACGGCUCCAUCGUUGGGUUUGGGUUGACGGAGGAUGACGUCGUGUCGGACCAGCUCAAGCAGGCAUGGAUAGGCGUUGUUGAUCCGAUGACAUGCAUCGAGAACGAUCGAGGAGUGUUCGCAACGCACCUCACAUCCGAAAUGUUCUGUGGCGGAGGGCAACCAGGAGUCAGUGCGUGCAAUGGGGACAGUGGAGGUGGCAUGUUCUUCGAGAUCGGAAGCAAAUGGUUCGUACGCGGCAUAGUGUCCUUCACCCCAAAGCGAGAAAAUACGGACCUAUGCGAUGGCUCCAAGUUCACGGCCUUUACAGAUGUGGCAAAGUAUCUUGGGUGGAUGGAGCAGCAUGUUGAUCCUCGGGUGCUCUCGGAGGUGGAGAUCGAGGAAGCGCUAGAAGUCGAUUAUGAAGAAAAGUUGCGAUUAUUCAACUUCACGACGUGUGGCAUAAAAUCGCAAACAAUCACCUCCAACGGUUGGCUUUGGAACCUGCCAUGGGUUGGUGCAGUAAUGGUACGUAAACCGUCAAAAAAUGGUCUUGAACUGGAAUGCCUGGUAACGCUUAUAUCCGAAUGGUAUGCAGUAGGCCCUGCACAUUGUUUUAGAGACAACGAAAAUAUCCGAUGGAUACGUUUUGGCGGUUUGAUAAAUUUCAACGAAACAAGAUGUAAUAAUAAUUUUGAUGAUACAUCUGAGAACUCAACAACAAUUUGCACGUAUCCGACACAAAUUCUGGACAUAGAGCGAGUUACGCUCCACCCGAACUACGGCAGUAACAAUUUUGUCGACAAUAUUGCACUGAUAGAGUUGUCCAGCCCAGCAGACACCACGCAACCGAAUGUAAAUCCCAUUUGCCUACCAGUGAUACCUGAACUGCGCUCAAAUCAUACCACAAACUUUACCGUGGCGUCCUAUUCCAAAGUAAAGAUUACCUACGUAAGUCAUCGCAUGGAGUAUGUUGAAUCUGCAGAUUGUUUCAAAACGUACGAGGAAGAGGGGCUUACGUUAACGUUGGAAAACAAGCGAAUUUGUGCACGCAGGGCAGCUGUUGACGCGGAGCCUUGUAACAUGCUAAUAUCGGGGGAACCUCUGCAAGAGUUACGAACGAUUGGUCAAAGCGAACGCUAUUUUCUCCGAGGAUUUAACCUAUUUAAUCACCGUUGUAUAUUACGGCGACCGUCCGUUUACAAUAACGUGAACGCUUACCUAGACUGGAUGCUGUACAACAUGCGAUACAUCGAACCAGACACCGAGGAAUCCGAAUGGAAUACAUUUCAGCAAACGCCGGAUAACGAAAUGUCGCGUCUAGAUUGUUCCGAGUUUUUUAAAGAAUUUGAAAUCAAAAAUAUAAUUGUUCAUCCAAGUUUUAGCAAUCCUAACCAUAAUAUCGCUUUGAUCGAGCUCCUACAACCGGCAGACCUGGCGCAUCCUUACAUCAGUCCAAUAUGCUUACCCUUUUCGGACAUACAAGAAGGCAGGAAGCCGUUGGAAUUGACAGUAAUGUUAACUAACUUUUACGAAACGGAGACCCGAAAUCUAAGAAAACUCCUACCUGCCACCUGCCAAGAACAAUUAGUGUUGAAAGGUUAUUUAAACGACCAUACAAAUAUUCCAUUGUGCGCAUCCGAUGCAGGCAACAGUAGCAAGAAAAUUUCCACCUUCUUCUCUGGAGCUCCGUUGCAGACAGUAAUACAAAUUGAUAGACAGAAACGACACAUUCUGAGUGGGUUGAAUGUAAUAGAGGAUGUAGACAAUGAUCUCUUUCCAAACCUAUUCUUUUUCACUGAUACGAGCCUGUAUCUCACUUGGAUUUUGAAUAACAUUCAUUACAAAGAUUCAAAUAGCACACCGAAUGAAAUGUCGCUUGGGGAAAAGCCUACGGACGGCUUAGUAAAUCUGUUGCCAGUGCGAAACAAAGCUACGAGAAUGAGGCCAGACAUCAACAAUUGCGGCAUAGUUUCACAGAGAGACAUUGCACCAGAAGCCGUUGCGCCAUGGAUAGGAUAUGUUUCGUCGGAUGCUCCGAUAUUUGCUACAACCGAAUGUGUGGUCACAUUGAUAAGUGAAUGGUACGCGGUGGGUCCAGCGAGUUGCUUGAACGACGAUGACAAGGAACGGAAAGUAAACUUUGGUCCAGUUUUUCUCGCAUUCAGCAAUUGCUCGGAAGGAAUUGCAAGCGACUGUGAUCCUCGCAUUCAAAGUAUUCCAGUGCAGACGAUCAUCGUUCAUCCGCAGUAUGAUAGGUUAAACUACAGUAACGAUGUUGGACUUGUGCAGUUUGGAAAACCUGCUGAUAUAUCGGAACCAUAUGUGAAACCCAUUUGCUUGCCCAUCAUGGACGAAGUGCGUAGUUAUGCGAAGUCGGACAUUGCUCAACUUUACUACAACGAUCACACCUAUACGUAUAUUAUGUCCGAUAAAGAGAAGGAUGUUCAAAAAUACGUUGGUUCCGCCGAGUGCCAAAAACGAUGGAAGGGUAUGGCAAUAGUUAUAGAUAGUGACAACAUAUGCAUUUUAAGAUCGAUAACACCAGAUGGAAAUUGUUUCGUACAAUUCCCGGGCUUAUCCCUUCAAACCGUUCAAAUCGUCAAUCAAACAGAACGAUAUUUUUUACGUGGUUUCAUUGAGAUUAUGCCAAAGUCAUGUAGCUUACACUAUCCUGUGGUGUACACCGAUGUGGAUGUUUACAUCGAUUGGAUACUAGAUACCAUAGAUCGUCAGUCACGUGUUUCCGGAACGCAAUUCGAUUUAACAGAGAGAUUGGUUUUUCUAUAGCGAAACAUACUGCAUAUCUUUGUCAGCAUUGUUCGAAGCGAUUUGAUAGUAAUCUUUUGAGGAAUUCCUU